AUGGCGACCAAAUCAGUAGCGGUUUUGUGUAUUUGCUCAGCAUUAACCGUUCUUUUUACCAUUGUUAUCAUUUUCGUGCCGUCUUUGAUCAGCUACACAAUGUGCUUUAAUAUGACUCAAAUCCAGCCACUUAUGGCAAAGAUGAGUUCGGAACAAAGUGCACCAGCAAAUAUCCCUGCCACGACUCUACUACACGACGUCCCAAGUGACUUUCAAAUGAGUAUGUCUAUCGGAAUUUUCCGUAUGAAAAUCAGAACGACAGCUCCGCUACCAUUCACAUUGGAAGGCAACUAUGGCACUCUAGCAGAUAUCAUCAAAACCAACUUUAACCUAGUAAAAGCUCAAAUGCACAGCAUGGGUAUGAAGGAAAACGCCGCUGGUGUCCUUGCAAAUUUGAUAAGGACUAUGUAUAUUCGGGUUGAACUUGAAAUGGCCAUAUCUCUGAUAUUCGCAUGCCUUGCGUUCGUAUUAAAGUGUAUGAGCACGAUUAGGAGAGGGAAUGGCACCAAGGCGCAACCAUUAACCCUGCUUUGGCUGACUUUAUGUCACACAAUCCAAGCUUUGCUGUUGGGUGUAGCAUUAAGUCCUUUUGCUCAGCAAAUGCAUCAGAUUACAAGUAUCGGAGAAAUACAUACCAUGAUCAAGAUAAAGGACCAAGGCAUCGGCCUGUUGGUAAUGGGAUUUGCAGUAGUGCUUGUCUCAAUCCUGCUCGCAAUCACACACCUCUGGAUGUUGGUUUCUUUUUUGAGGAACCUGAAGCAGCGAGGAACGGAGACGAAUUACAGUCUUUUGGAAAGCCAUGAUUUAUCCGAAUGA